CUCAGGAUGCAACCUGCACGUUCUUUCUCUCUUCCUGAUAUGCACACCUUCUGUUAUUCCGAUCCUUUGCUCGUGGCAUCUUCAGUUUGCUUCCCAUCCUGAAUUAUUAUAAAGCAUCCCUGCAGCAAAAUCCUUCCCUUGAAAAAGUAAACAAGGAGGUUGUGAUCUUGAGAUGAAAGAGUAAAGUUACGGAGGAGCCUACAGAAGCUACUCAGAGGAAGAAGGGGACGGCGCUAAAAGGCAGGGGACGCCUAAUGAGCUGAAAGGACUCAAAGGCCUUUGAAAGCAUUUCCUUGGCGGCUUCCAAAGCAAGUCCUUCAGAAGAUGGCCCAUGAAUACGGAAGUGCAUCAGGACAGAAGGAAUUUUCUGAAAUAUAGAUAACUGAACCAGGCUAAAAUCCAGCACCCAUUGUAUUUAAUAGAUAUCUCGUUUUUCCAUAUCUGAUUGGUGUGAAACAAUGUCAAGGCUACUCUACCAUCCAAGCUGAUUUUGAGUGGCUUUUAGGACACAUCUGCGUAAUAUUCUGUGGAACAGUAGAAAAGUGAACUGCUGUUAUCUCUUCCUGGAAUAUUUUUCUUUCAACUUGUCAGCGUGGUCUACAGCCCAUCCAUAUUUGAAGCAGAACCAAUCCUGCUUAAUUGUUGAUCCCCAAGAAGGUCAACUACUUGCAGAGACAAUGUGAGACGGAGCUCAAAGUGAACGCUGUCUAUUCUACUUAUGGUCAAAUCCAGCUUCUACUGUGAUUGACUCAUGGAAUCCACCAGCUAUUGGGAUACUGGCUUCUUUAAUGGCAGUGGCUCUGGGGUAGCAUUGAGGAACAGCUCCAAUUUCAGCUCCCAGUUUACUAGUGUGGAACUUAUCCAGUCUUUCAAACCUCUGAUCAUCCCCUGCUACACCUUGGUGGUGCUUGUCGGCAUCUUUGGCAACUAUCUUCUUCUUUAUGUCAUCUGCAAGACCAAGAAAAUGCACAACGUCACCAACUUCUUCAUUGGAAACUUGGCCUUCUCAGAUAUGUUGAUGUGUGCAACCUGCAUCCCCUUUACUCUGGCAUAUGCUUUCGACCCCCAGGGGUGGAUCUUUGGGAAGUUCCUGUGUUACUUUGUGUUCCUGAUGCAGCCCAUGACCGUCUAUGUGUCUGUUUUCACACUUACAGCCAUUGCUGUGGACAGAUAUUAUACCACUCUGCAUCUCCUGAAGAAACGCAUCUCAUUUACGACAUGUGUCUAUGUCAUUGGUGGGAUCUGGCUGCUCUCGUGUGCCCUGGUAGCUCCCGCUGUUGCCCACACCUACCAUGUGGAGUUCCAAAAGGAAGGCUUUGCCAUCUGCGAGGAGUUCUGGAUAGGAGAAGAGAGGGAGCACCUGGCCUAUGCUUACAGCACCUUGAUUAUCACCUACAUCCUGCCUCUUUCAGCCGUCUCACUCUCCUACAGCUGCAUCACCAUCAAGCUGAAGAACCGUGUCGUUCCGGGUCAUCCGACACAAAGCCAGGCAGAGUUUGACCGCCUGAGAAGAAGGAAGAUCUUCCGCCUCCUGGUGUUGGUGGUGGCUGCUUUUGCUGUCUGCUGGCUCCCCAUUCAUGUCUUCAACAUCAUCCGUGACAUCGAUAUCAACCUCAUCAACAAAGAAUACUUCCUUCUGUUCCAACUGCUCUGCCACUGGUUUGCCAUGAGCUCUUCCUGCUAUAAUCCUUUCCUUUAUGCCUGGUUGCAUGAUCGCUUCCGAAGUGAGUUGAAAGAAAUGUUCGCCUUCAAGAAGAAAAUAAUCCCCACCAAUAAUUGUGUGGCAGUCAGUGUUAUGCUUUAGAUAUAGACUCAGUUUCCUGCAGCAAGUAAGUAAGGCAAAAUCUCUCUUGAGUGGAGUUCAGCUGCUUAGGGCUUCGCAGAGAUGUCCAUGUAGUUUUCAUAUAGUAAAGGGUGUAUGUGUGCAUGUAGGAAUAGAUUGCUGUUUUGUGCAUCAAAUAUUUUGAAUUACAAAUCCAGUUACCCCAAAUCAGGAAUGGCUAAUGGUCAGGUGUCAGGCUAAGCCCAAGAAUAAUGAGGAGCAAUUCAGUUCUUUAUUUGCUUACAGUCAACAGACAGAAUCUUGCCAAACUAAACCCUUACUAUUCCCAUCCUAACAGAUAUACCCUGGUAGAUUCUAGAGAGUGGCUAUUCUAACUCUCUUCCUCUGUCUUCUAUCCAGCUUUGGGUUGUGCUGCCUUUUGUCUGGUCCCCCUUUAUUAUUAAAAAUAUUUCAGUAAAAAUUAUAUUUAAAAAAUGAAGACAGAUCAACUGAUUUAAAAUAUCCUUUGAACUGACAAAGGCAAAAUACCAAAUUUAAAUCACUACAAAAUAGGUCACGAUUAAACUAUUUUUUUAAAAAUAAAACACAUCUUUACCAAAAAUUACACAUGCCAAAUUGAGCUCAUAAGGGAGGGAAAACAUUUUCUGUAAUGCAUAUUUAUUAUCUAAAAUGAAUGAAAAAGGAUGACUUUUCGAGAGCAUUGUUUCCUCAUAUGCACAUCUGCAAAUUUUAAUGGGCAGAUUCAUUAAUCGACCCAACCAUCAAUAAAUAAUGUAUUUAUUUGGAAGCAAGUCCCGUUUUCAAUGGGAUUUAUCCACAGACAAAUUGGUCUAGAACAUUUAUAAAACUGUAACUUUUCAGGUUUUGCUGAAUUGUAGCUCGUGGCACCCUUCACAAUUGCCCCAUGCAGCAAGAGCACUGUGUUCAAAUCUGUCUAGCACAUUUAUAAAACUGUUUUCCUCUGGAAAUUUGUUAUUUUAUGGUUCUAAAACCUCUUCCAGCUAGGGCCUGGAGAAUUAAUGGGGAAUAUAAAAGGGCUGAUAGCAGAUAGUCUGAGAUAACUUUUCAGAUUUUGCUGAAUUGUAGCUCAUGGCACCCUUCACCAUUGCCCGAUGCAGUGUAAGGGUGCUGUGUUCAGCCACACGUGCCAUGUUGGCAAAUCCUCUCUCCUAUUACACAGCCACAGUACAAAUGAUGACACACAGUUUCUAGCGCACAAACUCCAAUACGUCCUGUAACAUUUAUUUAUUUCCUGAUUGAUUGCCCAUCAAAAGCACUUUCCUGGGAGUGAACCACUCAUCCUACCUCAAUGUCCCUGCACUUACUUUCCAUCAAUACAGGAAGUCAUUUAUUAAAGCAACUCUUCUCUCUAUAGCCAGAUAAAAAGUCUUUUCCCUGCCUGUGCAUUGAUUAGCCUUUAAAAACAGAAAAAAAUGACAAUUUGUAACUGCUUUAUUCCGUCAAUGGCUUUCAAUGCUAAGCUGAUUUUAGCUACAGGAUUGUGGAUUUUUUUUUUUUUUACAAAUACUCCCUCUGAAGCCUAAUGUGAAAAAGACAUAUAAAUGUUCUCAAUCAGCUCGCACAAUAACAGCUAACAUUAUCCUGUCCUAAAAAGCACUUACAUUUUGCCCAUCAUGUUCCUUCUUGAUAACAUGGCAACUACUGGUUUCAUCGUGUCAUAAUAUUACUCACAAAACAUCUUUAUCUGAGGACAGAAGAAUCUCCCAGACAGUACAAUUCUUUCCUUCUGGAAACCAAGGUGACUGUUUUAAACAGCGGAUUUUAAGUAAAAUGAAAGAGCAACACGGAAUGUAGAUAGCUGUAAUGUAGAAGAAGGUGCUAUCUCAGGCUAUCAGCUAUCAGCACUUUUAUAUUCUCCAUUAAUUCUCCAGGCACUAGCUGGAACCACAAAUAUUUCCAACCAUCCUUAACACGCUAAUUUGCCCUCCUUCAAAAGUCUUUGAAAAGACUCCCCACUCCUACCCCACCUCAAGACUUCUAAUAUAAUGCUGGUACAAAACCAUUUCCCACCUUCUGCAAAGGAGGAAUAAUUUGAUUUUCUCUCUGCUUUAGAACAUCAGGACUAUUCUUCUCAGGAUCUAAUUAGAUUGCACCUUGUCUAAGCCUCUCACUCUAGAAGCGAUUACAACAUAUUGAGCCCUAGGCUUUUGUUUGUUUGUAUGUGUUUGUGUAUACUUCCAUUGCUACAGCACACAAGUCAGGAGGCAUUAGGCAACACAGCUAGUGUAAGUCCAAACAUUUGAUACAGGAAACUAAGGUUAGGAACAUAAAGAAAGGCGUUACACCAAGUCAGAUUACCAGAUGUCUAUUAUUUAUCUGCAUAGAAUUGUGAGUGGCUGCAGUUCCUCUGUUUGGAGGCACAUUAGAAAAAAAACACAGCCUGAUUUUUUUUCUCAGCCCUUCACCUGCAAAUGUUUCACAAAAGUGCAGCAUUUUGCUUGAGUGCAGAGAAGAAAAGUACAAAGCCUUUUAUAUCCCACUAGUGCUUUUCUGAGAAUUUAUUUUGCCUUUUUCAAACAUUCUCAUUGAAUGAAAAUUAAAUAACUUCCCCAUUUUAAGGAAAAGAAAAAAGAAAAUCGAGAAAAAAAAUAAAAUGUACUCUUAAUAGAAACAUAGAAAAAUGAUGACUGAAAAAGAUCUAGUAGUAGUUCAUUGUGUCUGCCCUUUGAGGGUUUUUUCCUUGCCAUUGUUCUCUUUUUAAUGAAUUAAUUUAUUUUAAUUAAUAUUUCUAUUUUAAUAAAAUUAAUUAAAAAAUAAUUAUUAAAUAAAUUUAAUUAGCCUGAGAAUGCAGUAUGAAAUCAAACUUGGAAGAAUUGGAAUGUACCGUAAGUUUCAGCUUAACUAGAUCAUACUUUGCAUUGUGGCACAAUAUACUUGUUUGGCUUUGACUUAGCAAGUUAUGUGAAGUCAGACAUUCAUUAUUUGUACUGUACAUCUGGCUUAGCCUAGUGCAUGACCCUGCCAACUAUGGCUUGGUCAACCAUGCGUAGUGUGACAAAACAUGACUUAGCAUGAAGCAUGUACCCUAUUGGGAUCAGGUAGCAAUGGAGGCAAUUCAAGCUUUUUUAUCUCCCCCCCCCCCGCCAGUACUAUAUCUGUUGUAAUAUUGAAUUAUUACAUGCUUUGUCCUAAGUAACCAAAGCACCUCAUGUCAAGAAGUAUGAUCAAUGAGUUAUAAAUCAGCCAAGUGGAAACUAAUUACUUUGUGGUGUCUGAUGAUACCGGAUGGAUGAGCUUUAAAAAGGACAUGGCGUAAACACCAUAACCAUAGAAGCAUGGCUAAUUGUUUGCUUUGCAACAUGGCAAUCUUCUCCUAUAAUCUACCUGUCCUGGGUUAAGUGACAAUUUCAGAGGUGAUGCAUACCCAAGGUAUUGCUCAGGUGUCAGCUGUCCUUUGCUAGCUGCCGACAAACUCCAGACACAAAAGGAACAGGUGACUAGCAAACUUUAAUGCAACGAAAAAGUCAGCACUGGGAGUGAAUUGUUCCCAGUGCCUUAUAUACACAUGCCCCGCCAUCCAGCCCCACCCCAAUCAGCAAGCCAGCAUCCGGUUCGUAUGGAUAAAAGCCGUAGCUCAAGUUCCGCCUUUCCCCCCUUCAGAUGCAUCAGGAAUGCUUAGACUUAAAAAAUAUAAGCUUCUGUUUGAAUUCCUGAAAUAUGAACUUACCUUUCAAAAGCACAUGACAUUUGAAUAUUUAAUAUUUAAAUGUGAAUUUGGAUAGAUCAGGCACCCAACAAAAUUCCUAUUAGGAAACACCAUUUUAUUUUUAAUUUUCCAUUAUAAUUGUAAUUUACCACAUUGGUCUAGAGAACAGGUUGUGACUGGUUCACACAUCACAUUAAGUUUUGUUUAAUCGUGGCUCAUGGAAUAAACCAAGGUCACCUAGGGCAGUGGUGGUGAACCUAUGGCCCGGGUGCCAGAGGCGGCACUCUCUGUGGGCACACGUGCCGUUGCCCCAGCCUUGCCUCCCCCCAU